AUGUCACCACGUAACACCAAUAGUCUGAGAACGAAAUAUGCUCUUAUCACGGGAGCCUCAUCCGGUAUAGGGUUUGCACUAGCCAAAGAGUUUAGCAGAAAAGGUUAUAAAGUGUUUGCGUGUUCACCAAAGCAGUUUAUUCCAUUACAAGAUCCAUUGGUUGCCGAGUUUGGAGUUAUUUCGAUCCCGUGCGACAUUACCAACCUUGAAGACUUGAAGCAUGUUAAGGAUGUAGUUUUGAAGGAGACUGGCGGAUACUUGGAUAUCCUUUACAACAAUGCUGGUAUUGCCAUUGGUGGACCCGCAACUGAAAUGGAUGAGGCUCAGCUCGACAGAAUAUUCCAGGUCAAUGUGAUUGGCCAUAUAAACGCGACAAAGUACUUAUCUCCCUUUGUUAUCAAUGCCAAAGGUUCAAUUAUUUACACCAGCUCUGUGGCAGCAAGAGUGCCAUUGUCUUGGACAAGUGCUUAUAGUGCCACCAAGGCUGCCAUCGAUGCUUAUGCCAAAACACUACACGGAGAAAUGGCCCCUUUUGGUGUCAGGGUGCACAGUGUGAUUACGGGAGGCGUUGAUACUGAGAUUGCAGCUGGCGUCCCAAUAGAAACAAUUGAGGCGCUCUAUGAAGGAUCAAAGUAUAACGUUGAAGGAAUUGUGGAUUGUAUGAUUGAAACACAGGAAAUGUCACACAAUAGUAGGUACAGUCCUGCAAAGUAUGCAAAGGAGAUGGUGAGCCAAAUUGGUAGGAACCUGACGAGGUUCAAUUUGUAUGGUGGUUUUAAAGCUUAUCUACUCCACUUUAUUAGUCGCUGGUUCCCACUUUGGUUGGUUGAGUUUUUGAUUCAAAGCAACUUUAAGCAGAGACGAGUUUUGAAAAAUGUAGCAAAGAAUGUUCGUGCAAAGAAAAUCAAGUAUGACUAG